GCCAUUUUGUUUGUUUAGAUCGUUCGUGAAAAUUCUUCUCAGACUGAGUUCUUCUACAAAAUCCGGUCAAAUAAUCGCAUAUCGCCGCUCACAUAACGAGAUAAGCUCAAUGUCCGCGUGUAUAGGACAUUUCGAAGCUAGAAAUGGGAAAUAAGGUGGGAAAAUCUUCGAAAAAAAAGCCUUGUUGGGAAUUGAACAAAACAACAACUGCAAAUCUUCCUUCACGGCCCUUACGUCACCUGAGAUUUCCCUCGAGCAAAUGGGGUUAUUUAUCAAACAGUGCAAGAAUCGUGUCUCAGUUACAUCACAGAAGAAACGGUGUAUUUGAUCAAGACAGAGUGGAAUAUGGAGAAGAAAUACGAUGCUGUGUUUUCGCCCCAGACGACGAAUGUACAAUUUUGACAACAUCGAACCCUAAUUUUGGACCGAAUGUCAGGCUUGAGGAAGGUUUGGGGCAUUUUCGGAUAUUUGAUGUCCCCCAGCAGAGACCUAAGAAAGAAAUCAUCACUUAUUAUUCCCAAGAAUGUGAUAUUUCAACGGAUGGGGACCUGAUUGCGUUUGUCAUGAAUGCUUCCAAAGGAGAAGUAGCGCAACUGAAACGAAAUAGAACUUCACCGAGUGGGGUUUCAGAAAAGCUCGCGAAAUUUCAUCCGGAAUGCAACGGAUUUACCGGUCAAACUAUGAUCUGUAAGUUUGCUCCCGAUUCUUCUGCCCUUUUAAGUGCAGCUUGUGUUGACUUUCAUACAAUUCGAGAAACCAACGAAUUACGAGUAUGGAGCGUCAAAUCCAUGAAUCUGGUUAAAAGUGUGGUUCUGCGGGAUCUUUCAGACUUCUGUGGUUUUGUAACUAGCUGUAAUUUUUCGCCUGAUGGAACUUUAAUUGCUUUCUCGACCUCACAGGAGCAGCUUUGCGUUUUAAACAGUAAGACUCUCGAAAAAGUAUGUGUUUUGAGGAAGAGAUGUCGCGGAAAUAAAUGCUGGUGUGUGUUUGACCCUAGAUACAAAAAUCAGGUUUUGGCUUGUUGUUUACAAGACGGAAGAAUUGAACUGUGGCAUCGUGACCAAAUGACACUGCCCCACCCAUCUUCUGGCUAUAAUGACUCAUGUGUGUCCUAUACUUGUCAUAAACAACAGCGAGUUACAUCAACAUCAAGGCUGUACUCUUGUCAGUACUCCCCAGAUGGCAUGUAUCUGGCCAUUGGCACUUCAGAAGCCAAAGUUCUGUUGCUUCAUCCAGAUACCUUAACACAAAUCAUGGUAUUAGAUUGUAAGGCUGUAUCAGCUCCUACUGACGGCAUGGUCCAGAGUGCAAUAAUUCAUUGUAUAUCAUUUUCAAAGUCAUGUCAGUACUUGGCUGCAGGAUACAAUGAUAGUGUAGUACGGGUGUGGCAAAUGCCAAUGAGGUUUGACUUGCAACACAUGUGCAGAACUGCCAUAUUGCAGUUUGUUCCUGCUAAUAGAGUUUAUGCUCUUCCACUUCCAUCUUCUCUAAAGAACUACCUUCUGUACUGGCCACAGUAAUAAAUUAUUUGAUUUCAUGAAAACAAGCGAUGUGGGGUGCAUAAAACGUAAUGUUGAUCAUUAUCACCCCAGUGAAAUGUGUUUUCAAUACUUUCUUAGUUGAAUGUUGUUUUUCCUAUUUGUAUAUAGAAAUGAAGUCAAAACAAAUGUCAACAUAUAUAGAGUAGCAACUAUAGAUUCUUGAAAAUAUCUAUAUAUAUAAACAUCUAGAAUUGAGGUAUAAAUGACAAGGAAGUAAACCUGAUUUUGUCAAAAUUAUUAUAUAUUACAAUUGUCAAUUUUGUUCAAAAGUGGCUAUCAUCAGGGAAAAUGUAAAAGUCCAUAGCAAUCAAUUUAGCUUGACUAAUAGACUUAGAUUUUCCAAAUAAGCUUAGAUAACUUAUGGGUGAUUAUCUUACUUAGUCUAACUCUGGACGAUAUGUCUGGGACCUAGGUUUUAAAUUAUUGUCUGUAAUAAAUUGCAUUGGACAUAGAGAAAUAGAACUAUAGUUAGAGUAGCUUCAUUUAGCACUACAAAAUGAUAAUAUUAAUUCUUCAUGUGACUGCAUUUAAUUUUUUUUUGGUCAUUUCCUUCUCUUCAAUAUGCUUGCCUUAAAGAUAAAUAUCCAGAUAAACUCCUAUAUAUUAUGAUUUACAAAAUAUACAUCAAAAAUCAAUCUUAGUCAACUUAUUUUGCUGGUUGACUGAUUGAUUGUCUUAUUAAUUAAUUCAAUUUCUUUCUUUCUAUUUUUAAUUUUCUCUCAGUAUAAAUAUCAUACUGUCAUAUAAGAGUGACGACAUGUCAGUAAGUUUUUUCAUCUUUUCACGGUGUAUAAUUUACCUUUUCAUCAUUUUACUGCUUCAUUAGAAACACCGACGCAGCUCACACUAGUUUUUAGCUAGUGAUCUUGUGCCUCAGAUUCAUAAUUACAUAAUAAUUUACGUUUUAAUUUAUUUGACUGUCACUGGUUGCAUAAAUUUAUAUGAAAGUCUACAUUUUUCUAUGUGAUAGAAUCACAUCAUAUUUUUGUGGAACAGCAUAGCAACACAAGCUGCAGCAUUGCGGAGUAACCUAAAGCAAAAUUUGACAGACAAGCUGCAGCAAUUGUUUGUGUAUCCAUUGUACUGUGUAAACACUCAUGCAACUUGUGUUGCAAUGCUGUUGUGAGACAAGUUGCAGAGAAAAUUGCAGUGAUCUACUGCAGUGAUCACAUACAUAAUACAUGGUAAUAAUAAUGUUAACUAAAAAGAAUAAAAUUGAGAAACUAACAAGUAAGAACUAGGUAUGUGAAUAAAACUAAGAGAAGGAAAGCAGGAAUAGAAGGGAGAACAAAAAAGAACACAGACUAAGACUAUAUUGUAUUAAAGAAAGCCACUUUAUUAGUUUGAGUAAGUCAGAUAAUAUGCUAAAAUUCCUCAAAAUGCUUUUUGUAGGUGAAAUUACAAUAAUUUAUUAAACACCUUAAUAGGUUUUUGUCUGA